GCGCAGCGCGCACUCGCUGCAUGAAUGAGCGCGCGGAAGACACCGAGCACAGCUGCAAGAGCACGCAGAGACGAUCAGAUGAGAUGUCGUUUUAGAUCACUAUCAUACUUUCAAAGUUUUACACAAUCUUCAAGAAGGCUAUUGUCAGAAGUUUUGUGGUGAACGUCACACAGCGCGUAUCUGGACACUAUGCAUUGUCAAGCCGAGCUGAGAGUCGCGAGCAGCGCGCAGCUGAAAGCCGCCAGAAGACGAUACAAGACUUUCAUGAUCGACGAGAUCCUUUCCAAGGAAACUUGUGAUUACUUCGAGAAACUUUCACUUUAUUCGGUUUGUCCCUCUUUAAUCGUCAGACCCAAACCUCUGCAUUCAUGCCCUGCAGGCUCUGCUCCUCUGAGGUCGUACCCUCUCCUGUCUGUGAUCACACACCAGCCGCCCAGCAGCAUCCCGCAGGUCUCUCAGCCGUCUCCUCACCUGCCCCUUCUGUCCCCCCAGCACCCGCUCACCUCCGAGCCCAGGGCCAGCGAGACGCCCCUCAGCAUCAGCAGCGAAUCAGAGACGGAGCACAGCUCGCCGCGGCUGAAGAAACCCCGCCGCAGCCGCACCAUCUUCACCGAGCUGCAGCUGCUGGGCCUGGAGAAGAAGUUCCAGAAACAGAAAUAUCUCUCCACUCCAGACAGAUUGGACCUGGCUCAGUCUCUGGGACUCACGCAGCUCCAGGUGAAGACAUGGUACCAGAACAGACGCAUGAAAUGGAAGAAAAUGGUGCUAAAAGGAGGACACGAGGCUCCUACCAAGCCCAAAGGCCGACCUAAGAAGAACUCCAUCCCAACCACAGAGGAGAUCGAGGCCCAGGAACAGCUGGCGGCCAAACUAGUGGAGGAGGAGAGGCUACGAGCCGGAGAGGAAGAUGAGGUCUUCCAAUCCCAACCUCAAGAUCUCAGUACAUCCGCUACAUCUGAGUCCGUCUGUCCAGAAACCCCGGCGCAAGAACAGGCUCCUCCAUCUCCGUCAGAAGCAAUGACGACCAGCUAAACGCAACCGUGCUGAAGCGCAACCAAAGACAGCUACUGAAAGACUUUAAUGCUCCAUGGACUUGAGCGGUUGAAUGGCUCCCCGAGCCUGAUUUUGAGUUGACAGUGACCCCAAAAAGUAUAGCGGUACUUUAGACACACAAAUAUGUGUGAAUGUCAAAUAUCAAACCAAGUGGCCUGCAUAAACAAAAGAGAUAGAAUAAGCACACUUCUCAGGUGAAUCAUUUCACAAAAAUGACAUUCUUUAGGUUUUAAAAGGUAAAAACAGCUGGAUUUGGAUGCAUUCUGGUUUUCAAAGGAUCAUGUUCAUACCCGGCCAACAAAAACACGUCCUAGGAACGUUUUACUAACGUUCCCUUGAAGUUGUGAACACAUUAUGUCUGAAUGUUCUCUGAACGUUCAGAAUGUCCCAUUUUUUUUUAAAUGUUUUAAAAACGUCUGUUCUUAGUUUUUUUGAAUGUUAGGAGACUUACAUCAAAGGAGAACAAAGUGAUAAUGUUUAAAAAAUGUGACAAAAAAACAACUUAAAAGUUCCAUGAACAAUGUAUAAAUAAGGUUUUGUGCUAACGUUGUAAGAACAUUACUAAAGGGAUAGUUAACCCAAAAAUGAAAAUCACCACUUAUCCUCAUGUCGUUCCAAACCUGUUUGACUUUCUCUCUUCUGCUGAACACAAAAAUAAACAAGUAUUUUGUUCCCCAUUAACUUCCAUAAUUGUUUUUUAUUUUUAUUUCAUUUUUUUUUUAAUGCUAUAAAAGACGAUGGGGUCCAACAACUGUUUAGUUACCCACAGUCUUCAAAAUGUC